CACUGCAGCAGGAGCCCCAGCCUGGGUCUAACUUCUGCUCACUCACCAGACAGAGACAGAGAGACAGACAGAGAUGAAGCCAGUCAGUUUACUGUGUGUGAUGAUGCUCCUCAGCUCUGCACUGAGUUUCCCGUACGAGAGGAAAUCUGACAGGAAGGAGAAGCGGGUCCAGUACGCCGCCUGGGACGAUGUGAACGUUCUGGCCCACGGGCUCCUGCAGCUCGGACAGGGACUGAAGGAACAUGUGGACAAAACAAAAGGACAGAUGAGAGACGUCUCUAUCAAGCUGAAGGUCUUCAACAGCUCGGUGUCGGAACUGUCCCGGCUGGGUCAGCGCCUGCAGGAGGACGGCGAGUUCCUGAAGGCCAGAGUUCGGAGUCUGGAGGAGCGCGAUGGUCAGAUCCUCAACGUCUCGUCUGACCUGCGGGAAAAAGCUCAGGAGUUGCUGAGGGACCGGCAGCAGGUCCAGGAGAAGAUGAGCAGACUGGAGGAGAAGGUGGAUGGGAUGAUGCAGGGAGAAGGUCUGGACAGUUCCAGCGAGAACUUCAGCGACGCUCGAAUCGUCCAGUUGAUGCUCGAAGCUCAAAAUCAACGAAUUGAUGAACUUGUCGAACGAAUCAAACAACAGCAAGAAAAACUGGACAAGCAAAAUACCCGCAUUCGGACCCUCCAGAACCAGAUUCAAAUGAGAAAUGAUAGAUCUUUCCUCAAACACCGACCAGAAGAGAGCGAUGAGCAGCAGGACUCACCCGCAGAAACGGCUUCAAACUGCCACGAUCUGUUUCUGAGAGGAGAAACGUCGAGCGGCGUGUUUACCGUCCAGCCGCCUGACUCUCAGCCCCUCCAGCUUUACUGUGAGAUAACUUCAGAGGGCGGGUGGACGGUGAUUCAGAGACGGCAGGACGGGUCGGUGGAUUUCGACCGGCUCUGGGAUGCGUAUCAAACCGGCUUCGGGAGCUUCAGUGGCGAGUUCUGGCUCGGGCUGGAGAAAAUGUAUCGAGUGACCAAAGAUUUCGACUACAUCCUCAAGAUCCAAAUGUCAGACUGGAGAGACGAGCAGCAGACGGUUACGUUUCGUUUCCGGAUGAACGGAGAGGAAAGCGGUUAUUCGCUGCGCCUGCUGUCGCCCCCUGCUGGACCUCUGGAGAGCUCCCUGUCCUCCCCGUCCUCCGGCCUGGCCUUCUCCACCCGAGACAAAGACAACGACCAGAAGAACGACCUCAACUGUGCCAAACAUCUCUCUGGCGGAUGGUGGUUCAGUAAUUGUGGAAAAUCCAACCUGAACGGCAGGUACUUCAUCUCCGCUCCCCCGAAACAGCGGCACCAGAGAAAACAGGGGAUCUUCUGGAAAACCUGGCGCGGCCGCUACUACCCCCUAAAAUCCACCGUCAUGAUGAUCGCUCCCGCCACCACCCAGAACACUUCAUAGAAUUUCAGUGCUUUUGAGACUUUUACGUUAACGAGACGCUUCACCACCUGUUCGCUCUCAGUGCCUGAAGGUCUGUAACAGCGACGCUCCUCCAGGUCUCUGAAGGGUUAGUUGAAACGCUGGGUUGUUGGAACAGGUCUGAGGAACGUGACUAUCACUGAGAAUCCAGCCUGAAUUCCAGAACCAAAUCCAAACUGGCAUCCAGCAGGUCUGAACACGUCUACCAGAGCAGGUCGGCACCGGAUCUGCGGCGUGUCGGGACGGAUCCGCAGGACGGAGAUUUCUUAAAAACAUGUCCAACAUCAGAUCAAACCCCUCCACAGCCUCGCAGCUCCGCCCCCGACAGUGAGAACAAGACUGAUUACAGAAACCGAGCCAGUAUAAUUCACUUUAAACUGCAUUAUUUAAAAAGGCAUUAUUCAGAUUAAACACUAGCAGUAUUCGAUUAUAUAAUAUAAACCUGUUUCAGUCUCGGCUGUAGAAAUGUGUAGAAAUGUAAGCAGAUCUUCACUGGAUCUUCAGGGUUCUGAAAUUUUUUAUUAAAUUCCUGUGGAGAAAAAUUCUCGGUCACAUUGACCGGCUUUUAUUGGUUACAGAUGUUUCCAUUUCCUGUGAAGAACUUAAAUAGUGCUCGCUGUUGUUGUUGUUCAGAAUGUUCUUAUUUACAUUUCCACUGUGCUCUGACGUUUUUAGAUGUCUUCGUACUUUCUGUUUUUGUAAAUGUUUAUAAUUUAUCUUUUAAAUUUUAAAUCAUUUUAUCAUUUUUAUAAGAGAGAAACAUUGGUCUAAAAUUUGACCAAUAAAGAAUAUUUUUUACA